UCCUUAAAACGAUUCAGUCAUCCACCAACCCCAUUUCCCCUUCACCUUUUGGUCACACUUCAACCUAUUCAACUACCACAACUCGUUCUUCCCACCAACCCAACUCACUAACACGAACAUCUCUCCUAUUUCACGUUGGAAUCCAAAUUUUCAAGAUUUUUUUAUAGUCGCCAAUUUUUAACUCUAGCCCACAAAGUUCUUUUCAGGAAAAAAAUGGUAGCAGCUGCCUCCUAUUCAAUUCAGGCCACAUCAAGCGUUGCCUCCGCUCGGAUUCAGCUUAAGCCCCAGUCAGAUUCAUUGAGUUCUUCAUCACUCUCCUUCUCUUCUCAAUUACAGCCUUGCUCUAUUAAAUCGCUACAUACAACAAGACAACUGCAUUUGCAGAGAGUUAGUGCAGUAGUGAGAGCAGAGAUCAACUCACACACAAUGGAGGUUGAUAUCUCACUGAGCCCUAGAGUGAAUUCAGUGAAGCCGUCAAAGACGGUGGCUAUAACAGACCAGGCUACUGCACUUGCACAAGCUGGUGUGCCUGUUAUCAGAUUAGCAGCUGGAGAACCCGAUUUUGAUACUCCAGCAGCAAUUGCCGAGGCUGGAAUUAAUGCAAUUCGUGAAGGAUACACAAGGUACACGCCUAAUGCAGGCACCCUGGAACUCCGUACAGCUAUUUGUCACAAGUUAAAAGAGGAGAACGGGAUAUCUUAUACACCUGACCAGAUUUUGGUUAGUAAUGGGGCAAAACAGAGUAUUCUCCAGGCAGUUCUUGCAGUUUGUUCUCCUGGAGAUGAGGUGAUAAUUCCAGCUCCAUUUUGGGUGAGUUACCCAGAAAUGGCAAGGUUGGCUGAUGCAACCCCUGUGAUUCUUCCUACACGCAUAUCUGAAAAUUUUCUUUUAGAUCCAAAGCUUUUGGAAUCCAAACUGACCGAGAAGUCAAGGCUGCUGAUUCUUUGCUCUCCUUCGAACCCAACAGGAUCUGUUUACCCCCGUAAACUGCUUGAACAGAUUGCUGACAUUGUGGCUAGGCAUCCCAGACUUCUUGUGCUGUCUGAUGAAAUUUAUGAGCAUAUCAUAUAUGCCCCAGCAACUCACACAAGCUUUGCAUCUUUACCGGGCAUGUGGGAUCGAACUUUGACUGUAAAUGGCUUUUCAAAGGCCUUUGCCAUGACUGGUUGGAGACUUGGGUAUCUUGCUGGUCCGAAGCACUUUGUUGCUGCAUGCGGGAAGAUCCAAAGUCAGUCCACUUCAGGUGCCAGCAGUAUAUCUCAAAAGGCAGCUGUUGCAGCUUUAGGAUUGGGCUACGCAGGCGGAGAAGCAGUCGCAACUAUGGUUAAAGCAUUCCGUGAGAGGCGAGAUUUUUUGGUCAACAGCUUUGGAGAAUUGCCUGGUGUUAAAAUCUCGGAGCCCCAGGGUGCAUUCUAUCUUUUUCUUGAUUUCAGUUCUUACUAUGGCUCGAAAGUCGAUGGAUUUGGUGUAAUCAGUGGAUCAGAGUCCCUCUGCCGAUAUUUGCUUGACAUGGCACAAGUUGCUCUUGUUCCUGGAGAUGCUUUUGGAGACGAUACCUGCAUCCGCAUCUCCUAUGCAGAGUCCCUCACCACUCUUCAGGCAGCCGUGGAAAGAAUCAAGGGAGCACUUGUUUCCCUUCAGCCUGCCGUUGCUGUUUAGUCGGAUAAAAUUCACAUUUGCAGAAGAAUUUGUUGACAAUGUAUGAAAUUUACUUCGGUUGUAAGAAACAUACAUCAGCCGGAUGCGCUAGCUGUUUGAUUUGUCUGUGUCAAGAAUAAAUCUGUGGUUGCAUUGAGAGUUUGGUGAAUGCAUUCAAAUACUACGUUGUAACUUCAAACAAAGUUCUAUUGUUCAUUAAACUUCUGUUGGAGCUGUGGUGUGUUUUUGUUUUACUCACGCACCCAACACAUAUAUACA